AUGGCGUCUCACCUUGCCAUGUACGACGGCGACAAGCAUCUCUCCGACUCUUCUCUCGAGAAGAAGCUCGAGGACGAUGUCGCCGUCGACGACGUUGAGCUUACCAAGGAGGUCGAGGCGAUGGAGGACCGCAUCGCCAACGACGAGGCCACCGAGGCUGAGUACCGAGUGAGGAGGCCUACGAAGUCGCCGUCAAGGGACGACCCCGAGCUACAGGCGGUAACCUUCCGCACAAUCUUCCUUGGUCUUGGCUUCUCUGCAUUCGGAGCUGUGUUGGCGCAGAUUUAUUACUUCAAGCCCCAGACGCUCAACGUAUCGGUGCUACUCCUGCUCAUCCUGUCAUACUGGUUCGGUAAUGGAAUGCACAUGGCUCUGCCAUCUCGUGGCUGGUGGCGCUGGGUGAACCCUGGUCCUUUCAACAUCAAGGAGCACACGGCCAUCAUUAUUAUGUCUUCCACGGCUGCCACUUCCGCCGUCGCGAUUCAGGUCAUCUCCGUGCAGAACUUGUACUACAACAAUGACAUGAAUCCCGGAAUUGCGAUAUUCACGUUGAUCGGCUCGCAGCUGAUUGGAUAUGGUUAUGCCGGUCUGCUCUCUGAGGCACUUGUCCGUCCGACCAAGUGCUUCUGGCCCAAUAACAUCUACAUCGCCAACCUGUUCCAGGCCCUCCAUUACGACAGACAGAUGACCUCUAAGCGUGUCCGCCUGUUCUGGACUGUCUUCGCUAUCAUGUUCUGCUGGGAAAUCUUUCCUGAAUGGAUCUUCCCUAUCCUCAGCGGUGUCUCAAUCUUCUGCUUGGCGGAUAACCACUCGUCCGUCGUGCGGAACGUCUUCGGUGGCGCGUCCAACAACGAGGGCAUGGGUCUACUCGCAGUAUGCUUCGACUGGAACCUGGUCGGAUCCAACUGCCUCUAUUCGCCGCUCUGGCUGCAGCUCAACCAGGACAUCGGUAUCUUCCUGACGUAUGCCCUCAUGUCUGCCGUGUACUAUGGCAACCUCUGGAACGCCAAGGACUUCCCAUUCAUGAGCCAGGACAUCUUCGCGGCGAACGGGUCCGUGUACGACCAGACCGCGCUGCUGAGCAACGGCAAGUUCAACGCGACCAAGUACGAGGAGCUCGGGCCCGCGUACUUCUCCUCGACGAACGCGCUCUACCUGAUCACGUCGAACCUCUCGCUCGGCGCGGUCGUGACGCACAUUGCGCUGUACCACUGGAACGACCUCAAGCCGUUCGUCAUGUCGCUGAACCCGUGGAACAAGGAGGAGUACCCCGUUCACGACGCGCAUUGGGAGAAGAUGAAGGCGUACAAGCAGAUCCCGCGCUGGUGGUACCUCGCCAUCCUCCUCGCCGCGUACGGCAUCGCGCAGGCGACCAACUACACUGGCGACUCCGGUCUGCCGUGGUGGGCCCUUACGAUCCUCCUCUUCAUCGGCUUCAUCUUUUGUGCGCUGUACUCCACCCUUGCAGCCACCAUCGGCUUCUCGGAGUUCAACACAUCGGGUAACGGCUUCUUCCAGAUGAUCACCGCGUACAUGGUCCCCGGGCGCCCCGUCGCGAACAUGUACGGCGCAAUGUACGGCGCGCACCCUCUGCAGCAGGGCAUCGCGUUCCUGCAGGACCUGAAGCUCGGGCAGUAUUGCAAGCUCGCGCCGCGCGUGACGUUCUGCAUGCAGAUGGCGGGCACGGUCGUCGGCGCGAUCCUCAACUACGUCAUGAUGCUGUCGAUCAUCAAUGCGCAGCGCGACGCGCUCCUGUCGAUCGCGGGCACGCGUCUGUGGUCCGGCCAGAACGCACAGAGCUACAACUCGAACGCGAUCGCGUGGGGCGCGCUCGCCCCGCAGAUGUUCGGCGCGCACUCGACGUACAAGAUGGUCCCCAUCUCGCUCGCGAUCGGGCUCUUCCUCCCGCUGCCGUUCUACCUCUGCUACCGCAUCUGGCCCAAGGCCGGCUUCGAGAACCUGAACACGUCGAUCAUCAUGCAGUACUCAUGCUACCUGUCCGUCGGCGUGAACACGUCGGUGAACACGUCGAUGGCGCUCGGGAUCCUCUCGCAGUGGUGGGUGCGCACGCGCUACCCGCGCUGGUUCACGAAGUACAACUACAUCGUCGCGGCCGCGCUCGACGGCGGCACGCAGGUCAUCGUCUUCAUCCUCAACUUCGCCAUCUUCGGCGCGGCGGGCAAGACGGUGGUCUUCCCGCAGUGGUGGGGGAACGACUUCAACCUGUCGGCGGACCGGUGUCUCGCGCCGCCGUCGUAG